GCCGCUCCUUCGCAGGGCUGGGGCUGGAGAGUUGCACAGUCUUCUCCUGGGGCUGGAGAGUGUCACGUCCAACCCUCAUACAUAGGAGUGAAAAACAUGCCGUCACUGCUAGUCGCUUUUUACAGGAGGCAGUAGAGAAUGUCUUUUCGUGGAAGAGGAGGUGGCUUCAGUCGUGGAGGAGGUGGCGGUGACAGAGGUGGCUUUAAUCGUGGUGGGCGAGGUGGCUUUGGACGGGGAGGUGGACGAGGAGGCUUCAACAGAGGCGGAUAUGACCAGGGGCCUCCAGAAAGGGUAGUUUUAUUGGGAGAGUUCAUGCAUCCAUGUGAAGAUGACAUUGUUUGUAAAUGUAAAACAGAAGAAAACAAGGUGCCUUAUUUCAAUGCCCCAGUGUAUUUGGAUAAUAAGGAACAGAUUGGCAAAGUGGAUGAAAUCUUCGGACAGCUGAGAGAUUUUUAUUUUUCAGUGAAACUGUCUGAGAACAUGAAAGCCUCUUCAUUUAAAAAAUUGCAAAAGUUUUACAUUGAUCCAGCAAAGCUGCUACCCCUUCAGAGAUUUUUGCCAAGGCCACCUGGAGAAAAAGGUGCUCCCAGAGGAGGUGGUAGAGGAGGACGUGGUGGUGGACGUGGAGGAGGACGAGGCGGUAGAGGAGGAUUCAGAGGAGGAAGAGGUGGAGGAGGAGGAGGAGGAUUCAGAGGAGGAAGAGGUGGAGGAGGAGGAGGAUUCAGAGGAGGAAGAGGUGGUGGAGGAGGCUUUCGGGGAAGAGGAUAUUAAAAAUGGAGCCACGAGUAUCUCCCCACUGUCUUACCAUAUCACCUGCAGAAGUGAAGAACAAGGAAAAAUUUUUGUAAAGGACCCUGAAAAAGUUCUUUUUAUAAAGAACUUGAAGCUGUAAAAUGACAAUUAUUUUUACACUUAAUGACUGUUGAUCAACACAUGAGGAGAGCAUAGCCCCAAGCGAAGAACUGAAGACUGCUCAGAAUAUACUUGAACUGUUUUAACUAAGGCAGGAUUCAAUGUUAUUCUUAAACUGUUUGUUUCUGACAAGUGACGUAGUCAAUGCUUGACUUCAUGUUGGAGUUUGGAGUAAACAAUCAAUUGAACUGUUUUUUCAAAAAACCCUACGGUUCGCUACAUGCACAUUCGUCAGUAUGAACCUGUUACCUAUGUGUGACUGAUCCCUAGUUUUCGUCCUUUUUUUAUAUUGAAUCUUGUGGGUUGCUCUAAAGUGGAUUGCUCUAAAGUGGACAUGCUGUUUAAACAACCUUUGUGAACCUUUUUAUACAAACUAAACUUCAAAAUUUUGUGUUGAUAGAAUUUUUUUAUACAUAAUAAUGUAUAAAAGGAAAGGAAGAUAGCAAAGGGUAUUUUGUGGAUUUUUCUGUAUCAAUCUCAGUGAAAGCCAAAGGCAUUAAGACAUGUUCUUCUUAGAAGCUGCUAUCUAAUGAAUAAGACAAGGUUAAUACUAUUCUUAAGUCACCUAAUUGUAUCUAAUUACACUGAUACUAAAAUUGCUAAGUGUUUUUAACUGCCCCCACCUCCCCCUUAGCCUGUUUCUCUUGAGGUUUUGAUGUCCUGGCACCACGCCUCUGGUGCUCUGAGCUUGCGUUGGGCUAAGAUUAGAUAGCCCAUCACAGGGCUCCUCUGCACACAGUGCUUUCAGUUAAGUAUUGCUUAAAAAAGGCAUGAAAAAAUCUGCACGAGUCUUUGGUCUCUUUAAUUGGAUGCAUUAUGAGGAUUGUUGAAAAGCUAGUAAAUGUCUCUUCUUAAGGACAGAGGAGAACAGGGUGCCUCUCUACUCUUUAACUUUGGGAAUAGAAUAGAAAAGUAGAAUCUCCCUGGAUUUCAUCUGGAGACAGGAGUCUGUUCACAGACUCUCAUACCAAGCCCUUUUGAAGAGGGAUCUGUAGAGUAAUCUACAUGAAAGUAUUUUGAACAUCCUGUUCAAUGUGGAAAGAAGUACAUAUCAGAAUUGGUUGUACUGUUAUACUUUCUAAUUAAUGAAUGCAGUAACAGGCAAAUGAGUUAUAUUAGCCUUCUGAUUAAUAAAAAGAAACAGGUAAU